UCAUUCUUCUGCACUAUCUUCUCCGAAGAGGGAAAUCUCCAGGCACUCAUUCAUCCCGGAUGUCGAGGGUCCAUCACUCUUCCAUCCAGCUCCGGCCCUAGUUUAAUCUACAAUUCCAAAGGGGGAACAUUAUACAACAGCAGAGGCGACCGAGACAGAGUUUUCACGUGGCCCAUUUUCGCUAACAGACUCCCGGAGCCGAUUACCUUGACUUUGAAUGACAAAAUGACAAUAAGAGUGCUGAAUUCGAAUCAGAUUUUUCUCUACUUCAACUACGGAGUGGAAAAAUACAAGAUUAAUUUGACCAAAACAGUGAAGGGAGACCCGUCGUUUCAGAAGGAAAGAGGGGAAAUGUCAAUCUACUUGUUGAGUGACUUAAAAUUCAUCUCCAAAACUGCACGUGAACUUGAGAGCCCAAAGAAGAAGAGCGCCAAGUCCUCCCAAGUAAAAUCUCCGACCAAACGGGGUCCCAGUCAUAGCUCGGCCGAGAUGGGGGGCAGGGGCACAGUUAGGGGCCUGGAUCUUCCAGGGGAGAAAGAGAGGACCAAGUUUGAGAAUGAGUUGCUGUCACUUCAGGUCAAGGUCGAAUAUCUGUUCGAAGAGUGGCUGGAGUUCUACAGGAUUCAUCUCGGAAUCCCAUCUCCGCUCCUCCGCAACCUCUCGACACCUUCCGAUCUUCAGCCACGCUCUGUGAGACGAGGUCUGUCUGCCAGGUCGACUCCUGCAGCCGCAUUGCGGGUCCUGGAAGACCUGAUGCGAGCGAGGAGUCAUUCCGCGGCUGCUAAGUUGAAGUACAUCCCUCGACCUCACUUGACCUCGCAGCAGAGUGGCCGUCUAUCGGCCAUGUCACCUGGGAUGGAGUUGAGUGGUAUCAAAAGGACGGCGUCGGUGCCUCCCAUCAAACUUCUCCAGUACAACUCUGGCCAUGGCGCUUCUUCGCUCGGUGCUUCUUCUGCCAGGUCGAACUUGUUAUCACGUGCUAAGAAUGAAGACGACGAGAAUGAGAAGCAGAACAGGACGAGUAGGACGGCGAGGGAGCUGCGGAAGAAACUCACCAUUGCAAAGACACCUCGCGAAGUGUCAGAGGAACUGGCCCAAGACAAGAAACAGCUAGCGUGUCCCAUAAGUCUCCGUGCCAAGUUGAGCGGUCAGAAAGUGAGCAUGGGUGACUCAUUCAAGUGCUCCUGCUCCCCCUACCACCCCCCUGAAGUGAGGGACACUGAAGUAGACCACUUCAUACAGUACUGCAUCCCCCCUCACCAGAUUCUUGUGGUUGUCGUGGUGGACUGCAUGGACAAAGAAACCUUCCAGGGUAGGGAAAUGUAUGACAAUAUCUACUGCAGGAUGAGCAGAAACAGAACCAGUCCCUGCUUUCAGUCCAAAGUAGACCCCUUCAGGCUGGUGUACUACGACCUUACAAAUGCGAAACUGCCGCCCGACCAGAAACACACUUCAUCGUCUGACUCGCCAGCCUCCGAAUCACUGACGUCAUUACUUCAGUUACGUCACAGAGUACACGCCGGUAUGCUGAUGAUGUUCUGCAGGGGCAUGCUUUUCUUCGCCAACGAGAUUUUCAACGGGUAUGGUGUGUCGAGACACGACUUGUUCAGCCAGAUUGACAGGACAAAACGAGACGUGGACAAGAAUGAUUGGCUGCCGGAUGAUUUCAAGUUCACUCAGACAGUCAAAACUUCAAACAAUGAAGUUUCCAUAACAGUGAUAGACGUGAAUGAAAAAGAGAUGCAACACAUACUAGAUGGUGUGAAAAAAGGAGGCGGAAGAAAAAGAUCACCCAAGUCCAAAUCAGACAGUAGAUCUAAAUCGAGAGAGAAGUCAGCUACAGUUAAAACGUCCCCGGAACGCGCUUUAAAAGCCUGAAACUGAAGUUACUGUAAAAGCUAUGACUAAUAUCUAUGCAAUCUAGAAAAUAAUCAAAUUUCAAAUAAACCAGCUGGAUUAAUUUUAUAGAGAAUGCAGAGCUAAUGCAGGGAUUCAAAAAAAUAGCAAAAUAUUUCAG